CCUUUUUUUAAAAGAAACUUUUAAAUCUCUACAAACAAGAACCCCUUUUCGAACCCCUGUGCCCGUUUUCUCUUCAAACGUAUGGGAUUUUCUUCUACUUAGGCAACGCGAUUGUCCAAAGGUGAGCUCCCAGCACGUGUCAGAGCUGGCAGCAGUCCCGCAGCUGGUGUUAAAGAAUGCUUUUAUUAAGAACAAUUGUGGGAUUAAGUGGGACGUGGGCUGGAACCAAACCCGGGAGGCGUGUGUGUGUGUGUGCGCGCCUCCAGGACCAGGACUGGGAAACCACAGUGGGCUCAUAAGGGCUCGGACCCGUGCCUCCCCGGGCACACAGCCCACCCUGCGCUGGGGUGGCCUCCUUCCCUGACCCAGUCACCUGGGGGGAGAAACCUUCACCUUUUUUGGGGGACAAUUUCCUUAAAGGGCUCUGGACCAGGUCUGGGAACCAGCGGUUAAAUGGGUCACUCACUCCAUCACAAGGUAGCAGGACAGGUUCUGCUAGUCCAGAUAAUAAAGACUCUGCAGCACAAGGCACUGUGCUGAAACGCUCAAUCGUCAAUUGGUCCCUAUUGUCUUUCCCUCAGAUAUAUUUUGAUUGUAUUUAAAAAAUGGUUUGGAUGUCUGUGCUCCUCUCGAUUGCGAGGGGUCUGUACGGUUGCAGAAACGGGGAAACAGCGGGAUGGUUUGCGCUUGUUGUCAGGGGGCGUGCCUUACAAGCUCUGGACGGUCAGCCUAUCACAGCACGAGUGACCUGCCAAAAACACACUGCGGGGCGGGGCCGCGAGUUCAGCUGCGCCACCCGGUUGGUCGGUUCUGCGGCGGGGGGAGGGGCUCCGGGUGAGGUGCUGGCAGGGAGCAGAGUUCGACAGAGCCGCUGUCACACCGGGACAGUUUCCUGCCGGCUCCAGCACGCCUGCUGCCGGAGCGCGGAGACCGAGGAGGCAGGUGGGCGGGCAAAACGCCCGACAGGGAGGGGGAUGCCCUCUGCUGUGCGGCCCCAGGCCCCCCCGGACGGAGGCUGGGGGUGGGUGGUGGUGGGCGCUCUGUUCGUGGUGUCGGCGCUGGUGUUCGGGGUGAUCCGCUCCUUCGGCGUCUUCUUCGUGGAGUUCGUGGAUUACUUCGACGAGAGGGCCGGCACCGUGUCCUGGAUCACCUCCAUCGGAGUCUCCGUGCAGCAGCUCGCAAGUCCAGUGGCCACUGCUCUGUGCAACGCCUAUGGGCCGCGGCUGGUGGUGAUGGUGGGCGGCCUCCUGUCAGGACUGGGCAUGAUCCUGGCCUCGCUGUCCACCACGCUCGUCCACCUCUAUUUGUCCGUGGGGAUUGUCUCAGGCAUGGGCUGGGCCAUGGUUUUCACCCCCACGGUGGCCUCCGUGAUGCAGUACUUUGAGCGGCGGCGCUCCCUGGCGAUGGCCCUGGGCUUCACGGGCGUAGGCCUCUCCUCCUUCGCCUUCUCCCCCCUCUUCCAGCUGCUGGUGGAGCGCUACACCUGGAGGGGGGGCCUGCUCAUUCUGGGAGGGCUCUGCCUCAACAUGGUGGCCUGCGGGGCCCUGAUCCGGCCCCUGAGGCUCCGGGAGGAGGGCGGCGAGGGCGGCCCCGAGAGGAGGGCGUCUCUGCCGGGGGGCUGCCUGUCCCAGGCCCGCGCUUACCUGGAGCUCUCCCUGCUCCGCCACCGGCCCUUCCUCUGCUACUCCCUGGCCGUCACACUCUUCAACGCCGGCUACUUCGUGCCCUACGUCCACCUGGUGGCCCACAGCCGGCAGGUGGGCUUCAGCGAGUACCAGGCGGCCUUCGUCGUCUCCGCCACGGGCGUGACCGACCUGGUGGGCAGGGUGGUCUCCGGAUGGGUCUCGGACCUGGGGCGCCUGCGGCUGCCGCACAUCCUGGCGCUGUGGACGGGGCUGACGGGGCUCUCCAUGGCGGCCAUCCCCCUGGGCACCACCUACCCGGCCCUGCUGACCAUCAGCCUGCUGUACGGCUUCUGCGCCGGCGCCAUGACGCCCGUGGUCUUCUCUGUGGUGCCCGAGAUUGUGGGCAUGGAGCGCCUCUUCGGGGCGCUGGGGCUGCUGCAAAUGAUCGAGAGUGUCGGGGGUCUCCUGGGGCCCCCACUGUCAGGCUUCCUGAAGGACGUCACCGGCAGCUACGUCAUAUCUUUCCUGGUGGCCGGGGGGUUCCUCCUGGCGGGGACGCUGAUCAUGGGCACGCUGCCCCAGUUCUUCUCCUGCGCCAACCCGCCGAGCCAAGGUCCAGAGCCCGGGUCUCAGGCCAACGGGACCGCCCACGGGAAGACGGAACCGGCCGUCACAAAACCCAAGAGCCUCGUGAACGCCUCGGAACCGGAGCGACCUGUGGACUUCCUGAAUCACCAGGGCCAGGACGGGCUGGCCGAAGCCCAGGGGACGACCAGGGCCAUCCUCGGUGGAGAGGUGAACUGCUGAUGAUGGCAGCCAAUCAGAGGCAGGACCUACUCAGGGCCAGUAGCCAAUCCCAGCCCUCCUUUCCCUCAAAGAGCCAAUGGGAACAGCUCGUCAACUACUCAGGGUCCUUUAAUGGGGCUAUAAAGAGGUUUUAUGUGAGGGGAAAGCAGGUUUGAUAUUUGUAGACAGGGUUGUGGGGUGUGGUAGGGGGAGUAGAUUUUUACAGCACUUUAGGAACAAACAGGAAAGAAGGACUGCUGGACAAAAAGGACAACCUCAUGCGAGAGCAGUGCAAACCAAGGUUCGGUAUUUCAUUAUUUGGUGAUCGGCAUGGGGGGAAAAAAGGAUUAGUUUAGGAACGUUAAUCCCAGGGGGCGACUAAUGCAGCACUGAAUAAUUGCACUAUGAAGUCUUUUUCUGCGUCUGCGGCUGAGCGUCUUGUGAAUCAAAGUGGAAGAGUCCCCCUGUUCGCACGACUGUCUCUAGAGCGCACAGCGUGCCGCAUGCCUGCACCCCUGGUCCGGCCAUUCUCCGCACCACCUCACAGCUGUUGAAACGAGGGACAUCUGUGUUCUCUCUCUCUCUCUGCGUACUGUGUGCAUCAUUGCAAUUCCACCAACAACGUGAUCGUCUUCCGUGUGUGGGAGGUGCUAAUUUUCACACUGGAGGCUUGUCUCAGGGCUCCUGUGUUUGAGAUAAAUAAGCCCCCAUGCCCGAUGUUUUUCCCAGCUAUCUGCUUCCUCUUGGGAAGGGUGUUUUUGUGCUUUCUCUGGAAGGGGUGGUGUCUUUCCUCCUGUUGAGUGUUUACAGGCGAACAUUCAGCCUUAAGAGAAGCAGACUGUCUCUCGUCAAGUGAGGAGGGAAUGCUCGACGAUAUGUUAAUGUCUUAAAACUGACUGCUCUUCAACUUCCUGGGAAAAAAACGCCCGUUUCCAUUUUGUCUUAUUUCCUGCUGUGGCAGAGCCUUUAUAAAGAUCCCAUUUACCACAAAACAUAUUCUGCAAUAUGGUGCACUUACCUAGCAGACCUCAGAAAGAUGUGACUGGUCUGUCUGGUAUUUUGUUUUGGUUUAACGUGAGCAAACACGUUUGCAUCUCCAUGCCUGUUUACUGCUGGCUGGAUGGUGGUGAUGUGAUGUCAUCAGUUUGUACCCUGCUUGUAGGUGAAGUGAUGUCCUUAGUUCAAACUCAUAUUCUAGUGGGGGGGGGGGAAGGAGUGGCUUCUACCUGCUAUUGAGGGUCUAAAAAAAUCAGCUAAACCCUGGAGUACUCAGCAGUUCUCACAGUAUUGAUGAUGGUGUGAAAGAGUUAUGGAGGUGCAAGUCCUGUUCUAAAGCUUCAGAACUGACAGUACUGUGACUGGAAUACUACAGCAGGGACAGGGUCAUACUUCCUGCAGCAGGACGUUCGGACUCAGCUGGUGCUCUCCAACACCGGCAGAACGGCAUUGCGGCCCACCAACACUACAUCCAUUCUCUUGACGAUGCACUGGGCCACGGGGCUGGUGUAGUAGUGUUUAAAAAAAAGCCAACAAACACCCUCUUAAUUGUCCCUGUCUGAAUCCCAGAGCAAGAAUUCACAGAACCAGAUGCGUGCCGGAGAGAUCAGCCAGCCCCGCGGCUGUAGGGUCCGCCACAAGAGAACUCCGGCAGCCGCUGUGGCCCGGAAAGGAUGCCACUACCUGUGGCCACAGCCCCUUACUGCAAGUGAGGUUCCACGGUGUAGCGGUGAUCAUGUCUGCUUUACACACAGAUGGACCUGGGUUCAAGCCCCAGUGCAACCUCCAUUCUUUCUUUGCCAGUGCGUUUAAUACCAGGAACAGGAAGCACUUACAUAAAGAGUGGUGGGAGUGUAGAACAAGCUACGCAGCCGUGUUAUUGAAGUCAAUUCGCUGCCUUUCAAGAAGGGUCUGUGCGAGAUCAUGGGAUCAAUUAGCUAGUAAUUUGUUCAGAUGAGCCAACCAGCUUCCUCUUGUUUGUCACCUUUCUUCUGCUCUUAUGGGUGUUCUUACUCCAUGGCCAUUAGGGUCUCGCAGAAACAAACAUCCAGAAAAGUGAUUUCUUACCUUUUGUAAACGUAUUUUUUACUGUGUCUGUAGAAAAUAAACCUGACAGUUGUUAA